UCAUUCACCUGUCCUCAUCAUUAAAAGACAUACUUAAGUAAAAGUAAAAUUGCAACAAUUUUAACUUUAUAGUCAUUUGUACAAGCACACAAAAAACCUACAGUAACGUGAGUAAAUGUAACUCAUUACUUUCCACCUCUGCUUGUGAGUGCGUGACGUAGCACCAUGGCGUGUCUGAACGCAGAUCUGAUUGCUAAAUCCGUAAACCGCCUCAGAAAGAAAAGAGGCCUCUCUUACGCAGAGUUCCUCAGGACACUUACACACCUUCACUUCUCCAACAAGAACAUCGAAGACAUUGGUGAUAUCUCCAUGUGCAGGAACCUCACCGUGCUUUACCUGUACGACAAUCACAUCACGCAGAUCUGUAACCUCGGCUUUGCCUCCAACCUCACGCAUCUUUACAUGCAAAAUAACAACAUCACCCGUGUGGAGAAUCUCUCCAACCUGCAGAUGCUCUCCAAACUGUAUCUCGGUGGAAACAGGAUCGCGGUGGUGGAGGGUUUGGAGCAGCUCGGUGAACUCCAGGAGCUUCAUCUGGAGAAUCAGAGGCUGGCACCAGGGGAGAAGUUGCUCUUUGACCCCAGGACUCUCCUCUCACUCGCUAAGUCCCUGUGUGUCCUGAAUAUCAAUAACAACAACAUCGAUGACGUCAGGGACCUGGCCGUGCUGCAGGACCUUCAGCAUUUUUCUGCUGCGGACAAUAAAUUGCACAAUACGGAGGAGUUAGAGGAUGUGUUUGGCCUCUGGCCUCAGCUGCUGCACAUGGAUCUGAGAGGAAAUCCUGCGUGUAGAACUCCAAAGUACAGAGACCGACUGAUUACUGCGUGCAAGAGUCUCGAGGUUCUCGAUGGGAGGGAAAUUAAUGAGUUAACCAGACAAUUCCUUAUUAACUGGAAGGCAUCCAAAGAGGCCAAGAUGAAAAGAAAUAACACUGGCGCGUUGAUCCCUUAUCCUUUAACAAACGACUUGAACCUGGUUCAGGGUCUCACGUCCACAGCCGUGCAGCGGUGGAAGAAGCCACAGCCAUCGCUCCGCUGUGCGUUUCACACAGAUCUCGGUUAGAAAAAAUGUGAGUUCACAUUAUUUUAUGACUCACUCACUAUGGUUUUGUUGUUUACUUUGGUGCAGUUUGAUUCAGAGUCUUGCUUCACUUCCCCCCAAAAAAUAAAGACACGUUACAAUA